AUGUUGGUGGUGGUGGUCGUGCUGCUGCUACUGGUGAUGAUGCAGCUGCUGCUGGUGAUGAUGCAGCUGCUUCUGAUGACGGUGGAGGUGUUGAGAUCCUUCGAGGUGGUGGUGGUGUUGAGAUCCUUCGAGGUGGUGGAGGUGUUGAGAUCCUUCGAGGUGGUGGUGGUGUUGAGAUCCUUCGAGGUGGUGGUGGUGUUGAGAUCCUUCGAGGUGGUGGAGGUGUUGAGAUCCUUCGAGGUGGUGGUGGUGUUGAGAUCCUUCGAGGUGGUGGAGGUGUUGAGAUCCUUCGAGGUGGUGGAGGUGUUGAGAUCCUUCGAGGUGGUGGUGGUGUUGAGAUCCUUCGAGGUGGUGGUGGUGUUGAGAUCCUUCGAGGUGGUGGUGGUGUUGAGAUCCUUCGAGGUGGUGGAGGUGUUGAGAUCCUUCGAGGUGGUGGUGGUGUUGAGAUCCUUCGAGGUGGUGGAGGUGUUGAGAUCCUUCGAGGUUGUGGAGGUGUUGAGAUCCUUCGAGGUGGUGGUGGUGUUGAGAUCCUUCGAGGUGGUGGAGGUGUUGAGAUCCUUCGAGGACAAGCUCCAACAGAGGCGCUGA